CCUUCCGCGAGCCUCUGCCCGGCCCCGGCCCGCGCCGCUCCCGGGGCUGGGGGCCCCGGCGGCUCCUCGUCCUCCGGCGCCGCGGCAGCUGCGGAGGGCCCCGCAGCGGGCCGGGCUCGCGCGAUGGGGCUGCUCUUCGCUAAGCUGUGGAGCCUCUUCUGUAACCAAGAACACAAAGUAAUAAUAGUGGGAUUGGAUAAUGCAGGGAAAACCACCAUUCUCUAUCAGUUCUUAAUGAAUGAAGUGGUCCAUACCUCCCCAACCAUAGGAAGCAAUGUUGAAGAAAUAGUUGUGAAGAACACUCAUUUUCUUAUGUGGGAUAUUGGUGGUCAAGAGUCGCUGCGGUCAUCAUGGAAUACUUACUACUCUAACACAGAGUUCAUCAUUCUUGUCGUUGAUAGCAUUGACAGAGAACGACUGGCUAUUACUAGAGAAGAGCUAUAUAGAAUGCUGGCUCAUGAGGAUUUACGGAAGGCUGCUGUUCUCAUCUUUGCAAAUAAGCAAGACAUGAAGGGGUGUAUGACUGCAGCUGAAAUCUCUAAAUACCUCACCCUUAGUUCUAUUAAGGACCAUCCAUGGCAUAUUCAGUCUUGCUGUGCUUUAACAGGAGAAGGGUUAUGCCAAGGUCUAGAAUGGAUGACGUCCCGAAUUGGUGUGAGCUAACUUUUUGUUCAAGAAGGACUACUUCUAUUUAUUCUAUGGACAUGAACAUAUUUCCUGGUACUUUUGGCUGCUUAGGCAGCGGCAUGUUUAAUUUAUAACAACGCAAACCUCUAUGAGCAACACUUGAAUCAAGUGCAGCUGAACUGGAACAUAAGAUUUUUCUUAACAUUUUUAAAAUGCACUAAUCCUCAGUUGGAUGAACGUAAUGUGUCUGUGUUUCAGCAACAAAGUUCUCCCUGACUACUUAUCUGAAUGCAUUCAAGGAUGGCCUGGCCAGAAACGUUUGUCAAAAUGUUUUAGACUUUCUGUAAUAUUGAAAACAUACAAUUUUUCUGAACCUAACCUGCCCACUUCUUUCAUUUAUUAAUUUUUAGGCAAAUGUUGUGAUCUGGAAGAGCAUUAGAAAUCACAGACUUCAAUGUUUGCAGAUUUCUUUGGUCUAAAGAUGAUCUCCUUUUCUAUACUAUCCCAUCCUUUGUGCACAGAAUUUUAACCUGAUGAAAAAUGUGUAUGAGUGAUAUCUGAAUUCUAAGAGUUGUGACAAUUUACCCACCACUGAGUAAAUGUCCUCAUUUCAAUGCAUGCCAGAAGAAAUUCUUAGUAUGGCUUUUUUAGGUUUCAUGUUCAUUUGUACUUGGCCUAUAGAAUUAUGAUUACUUUUCUAUCUGUAUGACUUGGAUAAAAGGGUAUAUAUGUGAUCUUAUAGUUGGCCAAAAAACUGAAUCGGAAUGAAAGAUUACUUGAAAGUACAGAUUUGAUAUAAAGUGUGGCAGUAUUCUUUCUGACAGUUUAGGGUAUAAAUGCCACAUUAAUUAGUACACAUUUAUUUAGGAUGUCAUGGAAGCAAUACCAGCACUAAAUUCAAAACAAAUCACUUUAACAUAUGUUGUACUAUCAGAAACAGCCAUAUAAACAGCAAAAUUUUCAAAGUGUUCCGUGGAUAAAGAGCAACACAGCUCAAAGUCGUGUAAUCUGGGGAUAUUAAAGCCUAAGUGAAUAAAUAGGCAUCUUGUAAUUGAUCAUAUAUAAAGUGUGUAUGUCUACAUAAUAUGUCUACCACCAAGCAGUACAUUACGUGGAAAGUAUGUGGCUUUUAAAAACCCUGUUUUGAGGUUUUUAUUAAAAUAGGUUUUGAAACAAUUGCCAUGUAGGUAGUUGGCCUUCGUAUUCUAAAGCCUUACUUUCUUCUAUCCAAAUUCCAGGCAGCUGCUGAAAUUAAUGCAAGUGUUCAUCAGAUUGCUUUUAGAUUUAUAGUUAAGAUAUGAUAACAUUUAUUAAUCACCUAAUGUUUAAAAAAAUGAAAAAAUAACACCCCACCAGAUGUCUGAUUUAUUAGAGAUUGAUAAAAAUGAAAAGUUUAAGAAGAAAUAGGUACCUAUUUGAAAAUGACACCAAACACUAAGUUGAGGAGGGGGAAUAUAGAAUAGCAAAUGUUACUUUUUUAAAGUAAGUUAUUUUUGCUCAAGUAAAAUGCCAAAAUUCAUUUCUUCUAUUAAAGAACACCACUUUAAUUCAUCAGUAUUUAAUUUAUUUGGGUAAAAAAAAAGAUUCAGUAUUCUUAAGAAUAUUAGACCCUGGAUAUUCAGAACCUGAUCUCUUAAAUUUAAAAUCCUCAUUAGAACAUUUAAGGCAGUUUAGCCUUUUUUACUGUUUUAGUUGUCAUGGCUUCCUUGUACUUAGUUAAACUGUAUUUAGUUAAUGCUUUAUUGAUUUCCAUUUGGUGACAACAUACAUGAGGACUGAAAAUGUUCAGUGUGUAAGUUUCUCGACCCUUUAGGAAUCAAUUUUUAUUUUCAUCUUAUGCCUUAGUUUUCUAAUUCGUGUGUUUUUAAACCUUUUUCUUAGAGUUCUCAUGCUUAGUAGAGGGAAAAAGAUUUUUAGCAUAAUCAAAAACCAUAAGAGGGAAGGAAAAGCAAACAAUUGAUAUGCAUGCUUAUGGGAUAAAAUUGUAAAUAUCAUUUCAGCAAAUGCACACCAUGCCUGUGGUUAUUUUCUACUUUGGUUUCACUAUUUAUCUUUAAACAGUGGGAAAAGAAAAUUUUUUCCCCCCCUAAACUUUACAGCAUAUUCAGUACACCUAUUAAUCUAUUCUUAAUUGAAAAGUUGGUAUACUUAUUGCCUAAGAGAUGAUUGGCUGGCUUAAUUUCUGUCAAACUGUAAGAUUUUAAUUUAUCAACAUUACAUUAAAAUGUUUAAAAUAGUUUAUUAUUUUUGUGUGAACAUCUGCCCAUACAAACUUCUAAUUUUUUUAGAAAUAUAAUAUGGCCUUUAUUUUCUAGAUUCUAUUUUAACAUGUCAUGUUUGGUACAGGGAAUUAUUUCAUGUUGAUGGAACAUUGAAAAUUACAAAUUUGUUAAGAUUCUGCGUUCAGCCUUUGCAAAAGUUCAAUGGUGAAAUUCAUUCAAAACUUUAGAAAGUAUUUUAAAACUUAGAUUAGAUUUUAUUUCACAGUACAUACAAUUUUAGUUAUCCUUUACUCCAAGAGAAUGUUUUAGCACAGAAGUUUAGUAAGCAUACCAUUUCCCAUUGUAUUCAUCAUUGAUUGGUCUUGACAUUUUAUCAUGAACCAGUGUAAUAGGAAAGAUGUAUCUUCAUAAUUGCCCUUAGUGCCUUUAUUCAUAUUUUAAUCAAAUUCAUAUUUCAAAGAAAAACAUU